UAUUUUCACAUGCGAUAAGCUCAGGGUUAACUAAGCCAAACCGAUCAAGUUGUUGAAAUAUUUUGGACCCUCAUUUCCCGAUCAUGUCCACCGCUCCCUCCGCCGCUCCGGCCGCCGCGACCCCACUGAUCCCCUCCCUCCCGGACGACGUCGCCGUGAACAUCAUAGCGCGAGUCCCCCGUUCCCACCACCCCACUCUCUCCCUCGUCUCCAAGGCCUUCCACUCCCUCCUCUCUUCCCCUCUCCUCUUCUCCGCGCGCCGCCUCCUCGGCUGCACUGAGCCCUCCCUCUACCUCGCCCUCCGCCACCCCUCCUCCCCUUCCCACCUCUGGUUCACCCUCUACUCCAACGCCAACCCAAACCCCGCCGCUCCGAAGCAGCACCGACUCUUCCCCAUAGCCCCCAUCCCUUCCCCUUCGGUCGGCUCCACUUUCGCCGCCCUCGGCCCCCUGAUCUACGUCCUCGGUGGGUCCGUCAAUGAUGUGGCCUCGCCCUGCGUCUGGGUGCUUGACUGCCGGUUCCACCGGUGGAAGCCUGGACCCGCCAUGCGGGUGGGGCGGGAGUUUGCUGCUUCGGGCGUGGUCGGGGAGAAGGUUUACGUCUUGGGUGGAUGCACUGUGGAUUCGUGGUCCCGAGCCAACCAUUGGGCGGAGGUCCUGGACCCGGGUGCCAGAACGUGGGCGGCAGUUCCGUCCUCAUCGGUUGAGGUGAGGGAGAAGUGGAUGCAUGCUAGCGCCGUUGUGGAUGAGAGGAUCUAUGCCAUGGCAGACCGGGGCGGGAUCGUGUACGAUGUGGACAAGGAGGUUUGGGAGAGUGUGGAAAGUGAGCUCGACAUGGGAUGGAGAGGGAGGGCUUGUGUGAUUGACGGGGUUUUGUAUUGCUAUGACUAUCUGGGGAAGAUUAGAGGGUUUGAUGUGAAGGAAGGGGUUUGGAAGGAGUUGAAGGGCGUGGAAAAAGGGCUACCGAAGUUCUUGUGCGGUGCAACGAUGGGGAAUUUGAGCGGGAAUUUGGUGGUGGUUUGGGAGGGGAAGGGUGGUGGGAAGGAGAUGGAGGUCUGGUGUGCUGAGAUUGCUGUAAAGAAGGACGAGCAUGGGGAAUUAGUGGGGUGUAUUUGCUGGUCGGAUUCGAUCCUCAAGGUAUCCAAUGGAUCUUCCAUUGUCAGUUGCUUGGCGGUGGCAUUGUGAUCCCGGUUGGGUCAAUGGAUGCUUGUAGUGGACUGGUAGUAGAAUUUUUUCCGCGAGGACGCACAUUGACAUUGAGGAGGAUGUUUGUUUGCUCGGAAGAUUGGAUAUGCCUUAUAUGGAAGGGUGGCCAUCAAUAGAUCGGGGGACAAGUGGUACAACAUGGUUUUAUUAUGUUCGAACAGUUGACAUGGAAAGACCUACGUUUCAAGUACCUGUCUCACAUCAUUGAUUUAUGUUAUUACUCUCAAUCCAUAGGUACUGAAUAGCUGAGGUAUAUCAUGGUGAACGAUCAUUCCAGCAUGAGGUGUACCUUACUAUCUGUAAUGGGCUGUGUAAGCAAGUCUCUUUGUAUGAAUUUCAUGGAUCUCCUCUACGAGAGGUGGUCUCACAUGGCCUGCCAUUUAUCAUGUCAUAAACUAUAAUAUUAAUGAACAAAGAGUACAAACUAUUCUUAAGAAUGACUUUAUAGGUUUGAUACCUUCAUCCUUUUGAGCUAUGGAACUAAAAAACUUUUGAACAAUUAGCAUCAGACAAUAGUUGGAAAGCAUGGCUUUAUGGGCACGGAUUCCUCGAAGGAUGAGGAGAUGAUCGAAAUCAAUAGAGUUGAUAGAGUUAGAUCUUUUAGAGAGUUUUGAAGAAUUUGAGCAAUGAACCGUGAUGUUGGUUAACAGUAUCAUCUAGAGGGGGUGAAUAAGUGAUUUCAAGAAACUUGAUAAACUAUUGCGGAAUUAAAAGCAUCAACUUUGAUUUAAGCGUAUAAGCAGUGAGUAGAUAUAUGCAGAAAUGAUGCUCUGGGAGCUUUAUAGUGAUUCGGCUUGUAUUAAGCCUACAUCCACUCUCCUAGACUAACAAUCUACUACUAGCUAGAUUUCACGAGCAAUCUUUGAGCAGUUAUAGUAGUUGUGCUGCUUAUACUCAAGAACUUCUUCUCAAAGCUGGUGCUGCUUAUACCAAGCUGAUAGAUCUUACUAUCUCAUACCUAAGCACAACUAUAACACUAACACACUUCUCAAGAGAUUACAAUUUUUAGUACACAAAAGACAAUAUAAGAAGGUAUAGCUCUCUCUAUUAUUGGAUUGGAUUUCUCUCUUAAUCAAUCUCUAUCUUUGGCAUCUUGUUGAUC